ACACCGGUUUCCCACACUCGGUGACUCUCACUUUUAUUCCCUACCAACAAAAGGUUCCCAUUUGAAAUCUACGUUUUCUCCACAUAGACAGCUGAUCAAAAUGUGUGACCGAAAUAAUAGGAAGAGAAAGUUUUCUAAUGUUGAAGCUGGAGACCAGUCAGAUAUUGCAUUGCCUCCAAGUGUUAACAUUACUCGAUAUGCUGAAAGUCGGUCUCAAGAAAUUGCAAGUUUGAACCUUCAUGUCCAGACUAAAACGGUGAACAAAAUGGUUCUGGAGACUCUACCCAAACACAUGAACAGACGAGCCAUGAGUCAUGACAUCAGACGUUGGCCACGGCGUCUUCGGCAGUUGGUCAAAAAGCAGUACGAGAACCAGGUGAAUAAACGCCUACGUCGACCACCAUCGAGAAAGCAUCGCAGACGACCAAAUAAUCUGUUAGCUGAAUACACUCGCCGCAAAAGGAAACAAGUUUGGCUCGAAACUCACAUUUGGCAUGCUAAGCGUUUCCAUAUGACUAAAAAGUGGGGAUACCAUUUAGCUAAGGAACCCACUUCCAAAUCUACACGAAGGACCUACACUUCUAUUACGAAAUAUUGCUUAUUACAGGAUGUGUCUUUUCUUUGUUGCAUUGAAGUGAGUGGUCUUCAGAGUGAGAUAACACUUGGGUUUUCUCAUCUUUCUUCUCCUGCAACAGGUCCUGGUAUUGGUGCUAAAUGUUAUUUGAAUGGAAGCCGAGAAGGCAGUAUUGUUUUAUACAAGUAUGACCAAUACCCGUUUGAUGCUGUUGGUUUGGUAACAUUCUUCUGGAAGCCUGUUUCUACAGAAGACAGCAUCUCAAGCCAAGAACCUUGUGAUACUGCAGAGUCUGAGAAUAUUCGAUAUCUCUGGCUGUGGUGCCAUCCAUCUUGUUAUAACUUACUUUGGCAGGAACUCGUAAAGGUAUUCCAAAAUGUUAUUUCUACCCCAGAAGAUAAGGUCUUUGAAACUGUUACUGAUAAAACAUCAGAUACACCAAAUGUUAAAACAUCAGAUACACCAAAUAUUAAAACAUCAAGCAAACCUCAUCGAACCAAAGAGAAAGUCUCUUCUAAACUUUCAAAUGGUUAUUCAUCUGGAUCAGCUGCCAAAGCCGGUCAAGUCUUCUUGAAAUCUUUGAAAGACAAAUUAGUACGGUUUCGUUUAACUGGACCAUUGACGUUGAAAGUUUUAGGCAAUGCUAUUAAUGUGAGUUCAAUUAAUAAAACAUCAAGUGAUUCACCAGAGAGUCCUUGGUGGCACUCUUAUUUCAGUUCUGAAGAUUGUUUGAUGUCACAUGAAACCAAAGGGAAACUUUGGCAGAGACUAGGUGAAGCUUAUGUUCCCACAGAAUUGCCCCAGCACUGGAUACUGGGUUUGACAGUUCUGGACCCAAGAUUCCGGUUACCAAGCAAGAAACAACGGGCAGAACCCAGUUUAGAAGCACAUGAAGUCGACCAAUCUAUAGAAGCAUCACCAGAGUUGUCUACAUCUCCUCUUUGGGAUGAAGCUAUCAGAACUGAGGUUAAAAAGACCAAACUUUCAGAGCAGGAAUUCAACAAGAUGAUCUCAGAAAGUGUCGUUCCAGGUUAUCAAUUGCAUCUUCUAGAUUCUUCAUCUCGAAUUCCAAUGCUUUUAAUCCAAAGACCAGGAAUACAGUCAUUAUUUCAGCCUUGUAAUUCUACUUUUGCAAACCCUCGGCUUGGAAACGGCUGUGAUAUCAUACUUCCAGCUGGAUGGGGAAUGGCAUUUUGGAUAGCUCUAGUGUAUCAAGGUGCUCAGGUGGGUGGUCUUUCUGAAGCCUACAGGACAUCAUUAGAAGUAGGGGAGUUGUAUUUUCCAUUCGACUAUCCCGACACGGAAGCUGGUCUUGAUGAAAUGUCUGUGAUAAAAACAAACAAACUGGGGGUUUAUAUGCGACGACCACCAAGUAAGCGACCCAAUUUUGAGCGGCUUGGCAUUCCUGUUCCUUUUUAUACAGAUUAUCUUUCCUUGGUACAAGAACUAAAUAAAGACCUCAUUCAGAAGUUUUGUGUGUUGAGGGACCGUAAAAAACUAAUUGCUCUCAGUAGAUUAAUAUCAUCUACUAACGAUUCCAAAUUGAAAAUUUCAAAACAUUUUGUUGGAGAUGGUUUUUACAAGCAGGCCAUAGUACCGGUAAUUGUAGAAAUGGUAUCUAAAGGAGUUCCAGAGCACUGUUCAAUGAUUUGUGUGCCCUUGAAAAGGGAUCUUGUAAAUCUGAAAUCUAAGAAAGCAGCAGAGGUUAAGGAACCACUACACAAAGUCAAAAGAGGGACCAAAGAAUGUGAAGAAAAUAAAAAAACAAAGCCAUCAAGAUUGUUUGAAGAUAAACUAAAAACUGGGACGGGUCAGUUACUUCCAUUGUCAAGUACAUCACGGAAGAUUAUUGGAUUUCUUACAACAGGGAGAUACUCUUUUUUAAAGGCUUCUGGUGUUGGCAUCGGAUUCUGUUCUGUAGUUGGUUUGCAAGAGCUGUUACCAAAUUCCAAAUCUAUAAUUUUGGUCAGAAGUAUUAAAUCAUUAGAAUAUCGUUAUGCUAAAUUAUCUAUUAUUUCCUAACCUAACCACUUUCAUUUUAUUUACUAAAUCUAUAAAAAAAUAAAUAAAUAAUAAACAUCAUUUUAAUAAA